AUGAACAAUUCGAAGAAAAGAUCUCUCACUUUGACCCCCAGCUCCAACCCAGGCUCCACGGCGGAUAAAAAACGUACAUUAGACGGCUCCCCACAUAGACAUGAUAGAUCAAAAGAGAAUAGUAUGGACUGGCAAAAACAAUGCAUUAUUCAGGAGAAUGAAUUGGCUCGUUUAAAGAAACUAAAUGAGUAUUUAAAGCUAGAAAGGGAAUGCAAUAUUAAAUGA